AUGUUUUGGACAUUCCCUCCGUGUAUUGAGGCUUUCCGCCACUGUAAGCCGCUGGUAAGCAUCGACGGCACACACCUGUAUGGCAAUUAUGGCGGGACAUUGUUGUUGGCGAUCGCACAGGAUGGAAACUCGAAUAUUUUGCCUAUUGCGUUUGCACUCGUGGAGGGGGAGAACGCAGAGUCUUGGUCAUACUUUCUUUCGAACCUUAGAAGGCAUGUCACUCCACAGCAAGGUAUUCUCGUGAUCUCUGAUAGACACAACGGCAUCAAGGCUGCACUAGAGUCCCCCGAUAGUGGUUGGCAACCUCCCCAUGCUUAUCGGGCAUUUUGUAUUCGACAUGUUGCUGCAAAUUUUGCCCUCACUUUCAAGGGACAGGAUGCGAGGAGAUGGCUGGUAAAUGCCGCGUAUGCAAAGACGGAAGCAGAAUUCGACUAUUGGUUUGAUAUAAUGAGGACGGAGAACCCGGCCAUGUGUGAUUGGGCAAACAGAAUGGAGUAUGAGAGGUGGACACAGCACAAGGAUGGGGGGAGAAGAUACGGUCACAUGACGACCAACAUUUCUGAGUGUGUGAACUCUGUCUUGAAGGGCACAAGAAACCUACCCGUGACGUCUCUAGUUAAGUCGACAUAUCUCCGGCUGGCCGAGUUGUUUGUUGUCCGGGGGCAAACGGCAAAGGCACAGUUAGGGUCCGGUCACCGGUUUUCACAGGCAGUAGUUAAGGCCAUCGAGCGUAAUCUGAAGGAUUCGAGGUGCUUUACGGUGACUGUGUUUGAUAGACAUCACCUUGACUAUACAGUGGCUGAGACAACGCCCACCGACAAAUUCUCUUUGGGUACCUAUCGGGUUUCUCUAAGGGAUCGCACCUGCGAUUGUGGAUACUUCCAGGCGCUGCACUACCCCUGUUGUCAUGCCCUCGCAUGCUGUGCGCAGUCACGGCUAGAUUGGGCCACAUAUGUCGAUGAGGUGUACACCAUGUCUGAGGUCUUUAAGGUGUAUGAGAUGUCCUUUUCACCUUGUAUUCCAGAGGGGCUUUGGCCACCAUAUGACGGGCCGACAGUGAUCCCCGACCCGGGCAUGAGAAGGGCAAGAGAAGGACGACCACGGUCCACCCGCAUCCGCAACAACAUGGACGAAGCCGACACCAGCCGACCUAAGAAGUGUGGCCUGUGCAGGCAGCCCGGUCAUACCCGAAGGGUUUGCCCUCAGCGAGGUUCUACUAGCGGGAUAUAG